UGGGGAGGCGACAUGGUGGGCUCUGGGAUCCCAGCUUUGGGCUUGGGCCUGCUCCUGCUGCUGCAGGGCUCAGUAGAUGGGAACGGAAUCCAGGGAUUCUUCUAUCCAUGGAGUUGUGAAGGUGACGUGUGGGACAGGGAGAGCUGUGGCGGUCAGGCGGCAAUCGAGAACCCCAACCUCUGCCUGCGUCUACGAUGCUGCUACCGAGAUGGGGUCUGCUACCACCAGCGUCCGGAUGAAAAUAUGCGAAGGAAGCACAUGUGGGCCCUGGGCUGGACUUGCGGCGGCCUCCUCUUCCUGAUCUGCAGCAUCUGCCUGUUCUGGUGGGCCAAGCGCCGGGACAUGCUGCACUUGCCACCCUUCUUGUCGGGUAAAUGCAACGUGUCGAGGACGGCCUCACUGCUCUCUAAGGACCGAGCGACAACGAGUAACAAGAAGACCGCAUCCAUGGCCAGCGUGCCGGCCUCCCUGCCUGCGGAGGGGGCAGAAGCCUCGGGGGGCACCGAGGGGGAGGGGACGACAGAAGGGGGCGAGGAAACGGAGGGUGGGGAAGAUGAAGAUUAG